CUCCUACUCCUCUUACUCCUCUUACUCUUUCCUGUUACUAUUAUUAUUACUCGUAUUCCUAUUCGUAUUCUUUCUCCCUCUUAUUCUUCUUCUCCUUAUUCUCAACCUCUUUGCUUUCAACAUCAUGUCAGACAUUGACACUGAAACCCAACUCGAAACGUCAUCAAACUCCAUCAUCAAGUGUCUUAUUCAAGAUCUCUUUUCUUACAGUCCUCUCAGAAGAAAACGCAUUUUGGAAUACUACUUCUUUCCUGAUGCAAUUCUCACGUCGCCUGUUAUGAGUACCGAAGGUGUAUUGAAUAUUCAAUAUGUAUACACCGUGUGGCAAGCACUCAAUAGACAGGAACCAACCAUUACAAAUAUCGUAUUCGAUGGUCAAACCGCCGUAAUUCAUCUCAUCCAGAACCUUUCACCUACCAUAUUCCCAUCCUUUAUUCGACUCCAAGUACCAGCCAUAACAACUCUCCAUUUCCGAGAGACUGAGCAGGACAGUGGACUGUUAAAGAUAUACAAACAAGAAGAUAGUUGGACACUAGAAGGCAUCAUUCAAUCCGUCCCACUCAUCUCCUUUUGGUAUAACCAUGUCCUACGAGUUAUCAUGGGAAAGCUACUUACUGCAACCGGAGACCUACUGGAUGCAGCAUUACAACAUGCUCAGAAGAUGUCUCUCAGAGGACGUGAAAUACAGCGCCUUGGUCGGGAUCUUGCUGUGGAAAAUAUGGAAAAACUAGAUGAAUACCGAGCCAACUUACACGACAAUUAUCUCGAAGGCAUUCGAGGCUGGCGAGAAGGUUACCUAGACGAUGAUGAUACUGAUCACUGCCGUCCACUUAUCAAAGAAAGUGAAGAUACAGUCGAUGGCACGCUACAUGAAGACCGUUGAACAUAGACUGAUUAUCAUUAACCUUUCUCUCUCUCUCUCUCUCUCACUAUUCUCUUUCUUUCAUACUUCAUCUAUUCCUUUCUCUACAUUACAAACUCUAGCGCCAACCCCAACGUCAACGCCAACCCCAACGCCAAUACCAACCACAUCCACAUCUACAUUUUCUCUUCCUUUCAAUCUUUCCUUUAUCCCUCUCUUGCUCUCUUUCUUUUUCUCUACAAAGAAUCAACUACAGCCAUUGUUUAUAUUUUACCUUACAUUUUCCCAAUCACAUACUUGCGUUGUCUUGCCAGCCUUGAUAAUGACUAUGAUCUCUUAUAUCUUCACUUAUUUCGUUAAUUUACAUUCUGUAGUCUUUCCUAUUAUUAUUAUUUCUUUUCUUUUCUUUUGAUUUUCUUGCGGUUCAAUAUUGAUAUUAAGAUCAUUAUUAUGUAGUGCUACAAAAAGAAAGAAAGAAAGAAAGAGAGAGAGAGAGAGAAAAUUACUACAAGCACAUGGUAGAGUUACUCCUAUUGAUAUCACUACGCAAAUUAUACACACCCACAUACUUUUAUAUACAUACAUAUAAAUAAAUAUAUACAUAUACAUAU